UAUUUAUAACGCAGUAGAGUGAAGAACUGCUUUCUAACAAAAAGUGUACAUACUAGGUUUUGAGAUAUCACUAAAUAAUAUUUUAUUAUCUUUAUAAUUGUUGUGCAAUCUAAUAUGGCUUUUUUAAAUAAGAUUGCUACUACCACCUUGCGUCAAUUGACAACUCGUCGCUAUGUCACCGUUUCUCACGUUACGCCUACUGGCCCUUCCUUCGGCAUCACGGAAGACCAAAAACAAAUACAGGAACUUGCACGCAAAUUUGUGCGCGAAGAAAUUAUACCAGUAGCGGCGCACUACGACAAGACUGGCGAAUUUCCGUGGGAUAUUUUGAAGAAAGCAUUUCCAUUGGGUUUGAUGAACGGUCAAAUACCAGCCGAUAUUGGCGGCAUGGGUAUAGAUUCCUAUACCGAUUGUCUAUUGAAUGAAGAGUUGGGUUACGGUUGCACUGGCAUUAUGACUGCCUUAGAAGGGAGUACUUUGGCUCAAAUGCCUAUUAUAAUAGCCGGCAAUCAGGAACAAAAAAAGAAAUAUUUAGGGCGUCUAUUGGAAGAACCACUUGUUGCUGCUUAUGCUGUCACAGAACCAGGUGCAGGUUCUGAUGUUAACGGCCUCAGAAUGAAGGCUGAACGCAAAGGUGAUGAAUACAUUUUGAAUGGUCAAAAAAUGUGGAUCACUAAUGGUGGUAUCGCCGAUUGGUACUUCGUGUUGGCGCGUACAAAUCCUGAUCCAAAAGCGCCUGCUUCUAAGGCAUUUACCGGCUUCAUUGUUGAGCGUGAGACUCCUGGUCUUACGCCCGGUUGCAAGGAACGUAAUAUGGGACAACGUGCCUCUGAUACACGCGGCAUUACAUUCGAAGAUGUCCGUGUGCCUAAGGAGAAUAUUUUGAUUGGUGAAGGUGCCGGUUUUAAAAUUGCCAUGGGUGUUUUCGAUAAAACACGUCCACUUGUUGCUGCUGGCGCAGUUGGUUUGGCCCAACGCUGUUUGGACGAAGCAUUGAAAUAUUCACUCGAGCGUAUAGCAUUUGGCGUGCCAAUCGCACACCACCAAGCAGUGCAAUUUAUGCUCGCCGACAUGGCGAUAGGUGUAGAAACAUCACGUCUAGCCUAUCGUCUGUCUGCGUGGGAAGUGGAUCAGGGUCGCCACAAUACCUAUUAUGCUUCGAUAGCUAAGUGCCAUGCGGCGGAUAUGGUAAACAAAAUUGCCAGUGACGCUGUUCAGAUUUUUGGUGGAAACGGCUUCAACACCGAAUACCCAGUAGAGAAGCUGAUGCGCGAUGCCAAAAUCUACCAAAUCUACGAGGGUACAACUCAAAUCCAACGUCUAAUAGUCUCCAGAAAUAUGAUUGAUGAGGCUAAAAAGUCAUCGAAAUAAGUUAAUAUGUAAUUUAAGCUAUCGAUAUAGUAAAGUAUUUAAGAAAUUGUGAUGAAAA